AUUAAUUUGCCCACCCUCCUUUCAUACUUACACACAUUUAUUUAUGCACACUUGCCCUUAUUGGUCAAAUAGACCAAUUUGCCCACCCUCCAUUCAUAUUUGCACACAUUUAUUUAUACACGAGUAUAUACCUAAUUUUUCCUUUAAAUAUAUAAUGCAAAAAGAUAUUACCUAGAAAUGAUAUGUAAAGUGGUCAAUUAACAUAAUUAAAUUCCAGUCGUGGAAUGUGGAAUUGAGUCAAUCACUUUACGAUAUUUUUAUCUCAAACACCGUGUUUGGGCGGUGUCUUAAUUAUUAUCUGCAGUAAAUUGCUCCUUAAACUUAUCAUAUCAAUCGAUUUGUAAUCCACGUGUUAUAAAAGAAGUUGUUUGUUUUGGAAAUGUAUCAGAUGCCAACUGUUCCUUAAGCUGAGUACAAGAUAAAAAAUACUAUAAAAAUAAUGUAUCCCAAGAUUUUGUGUCUCGCUGCUCUGGUGGGGUUGGUGAUUGCACAGCACGGGCAUGAACACGCGCAUUCCUCACAGCAUAUCCACAAGCACGACGGACAUGCGGAGGAAGUCAUCAUCAAGGACCACCACGGACACGAGAAGCACGUCGACUACUACACACAUCCCAAGUACGAGUUCAAGUACGAGGUGGAGGACAAGCACACGGGCGACCAUAAGACGCAGCACGAGCACCGCGACGGCGACGCCGUCAAGGGCUUCUACAGCCUGCACGAGCCCGACGGCUCCGUCAGGGACGUGCAUUACGAGAGCGACAAAAAGACUGGUUUCCACGCGGAAGUUAAACACAGCACCCACCACAUAGUUUCUAAACAUCAUCACCAUUAUGUAAUGUACGAUCCUGAUAGUGCCGUCAGCCUCAUGCAGGCUGUAGUAGCCCUUCACGACGUCGCCAUCGCGGGACUCGUGCUGGGACUUCUUAUCGCCGGUGUGCGGGUCCUCCACCUUGUACUCGAACUCGUAUUUAGGGUGCGCGUAGUAGUCGUGGUGGCCUUCGGGCGCCUUGCCGGGCACGUCGUGGCGCUGGAUGUUUUUCUUUUUGUCGCUCUCGUAAUGCACGUCCCUGACGGAGCCGUCGGGCUCGUGCAGGCUGUAGAAGCCCUUGACGGCGUCGCCGUCGCGGUGCUCGUGCUGCGUCUUGUGGUCGCCCUCCAUAAGUCAAACAACGGAAAGCACGAGAACAUUACAGUUGUAGGCAUGUUGUUUGGGACAUACGUAGUAGUCGACGUGCUUCUCGUGUCCGUGAUGAUUGAUGAUGACUUCCUGCGCGUGCCCAUCGUGCUUGGAAAUGUGCAGCGACGAAUGCGCGUGCCCGUGCCCGUGCUUUGGCAACUGUUUUUCAAUCCGAGAACAACAUUAAUAUAUACUUUUGUAAAAAUGUUUCCCAAGAUUUUGUGUCUCGCUGCUCUGGUGGGGUUGGUGAUCGCGCAGCACGGGCAUGAACACGCACACUCCUCGCAGCACAUCUCCAAGCACGACGGUCACGCGGAGGAAGUCAUCAUCAAGGACCACCACGGUCACGAGAAGCACGUCGACUACUACACGCAUCCCAAGUACGAGUUCAAGUACGAGGUGGAGGACAAGCACACGGGCGACCACAAGACGCAGCACGAGCACCGCGACGGCGACGUCGUCAAGGGCUUCUACAGCCUGCACGAGCCCGACGGCUCCGUCAGGGACGUGCACUACCACAGUGACAAAAAGACUGGAUUUCACGCUGAGGUGAAACACAGCACCCACCACAUUGUUCCCAAACAUCAUCAUCAUUAAGAGUGGUUUAUCUUAUUUUAUAUACUCCUAGACAAUUUUUGUUGACAAUGUUGUUUGUUUAUGAAAAAUAUAAUUUUGUAAAUACAAGUUCUGUCUAUCAUUGUUCUUUGUGAAAAUGUUACACGCACCGCCGCAUUGAGUUAAAGGUCAAUAUGUUGGGAAGAUCGUAUAUCAGGCGUCUACAAACUAUAAAUCUCGUGUUUGUAUAAGUUUACCGCUUACAAUACAGCUAAAAAAGCAGUUUUCGUCCUCUUUCCUUGUCUCUAAAAUAUGCAAAUGUCACUAGUAUGAACGCAACGAACGAAAAUGAACUACUCAUAUUUUGGAAUUCAUAUGCAAGUUCAACGAGGCUAGGGAAAUAAAUUAGAUAUAGUUGAAUUAUCUGUAUCGAGUGAAUAACUUAGUAAUGUAAUAACCGAUUUUAAUGCACUUAAAACGCUUUACAAUUUUAAGUUCCUAAAUAUCUAACCACAAAAUUA